AUGGCGCAGUACCCGCUGGACAUGGGCAAAGCAGGUAAGACACACCAACAGGUUGUGGCACUGCAAACGGAUGCCAGCGGCAAAAUAGCGUGGGAUGCAGUGAUCAAGCACAAGUCGGACAAGCUGGCUGUGUGGACACGGCCUGAAGACUCCCGAGAGAAGUGGUCGAAGCCCGAGGAGCUGGAGCGGCCAUCGCUAGAAAUAGAUAUCCUCAAUACCGAGCGAACGCAGAAGGCCCUGGAAAUGGCACUCAAUGGUAAGAUUCAGGCAGGAGUGCCCAAAAAGCAGGAGCAGAAGGAAGCUGAGUUCAUCCGGUAUACGCCGAACCCGAACGCGCCCGGCUACACCCCCAACUGCCGAGAGCGAGUCAUCAAACUCGUGGAGAGACCAGUUGAUCCAUUUGCACCUCCAAAGUUCAAGCACAAGAAGGUUCCUCGCGGACCGCCAUCACCCCCACCUCCAGUUCACCACUCACCUCCACGGAAGCUGACUGCCAAGGAUCAGAAGGACUGGAAGAUCCCGCCUUGCAUCUCCAAUUGGAAGAAUGCGAAGGGUUACACGAUCCCCCUGGACAAGCGUCUCUCCGCGGACGGCCGAAGCUUGCAGGAUGUUGCCGUCAAUGACAAGUUUGCUGCAAUCAGUGAUGAUCUGUACCUCGCCGAGCGUAAAGCAAGAGAAGAGAUCAAAAUCAGAAAUGACUUGAUUCGGCAGAAGAAGGUGCGCGAAGAGGAGAUACGAGAGCAGCAGCUGCGAGACUUGGCGGCGAAGGCAAGGCAACAGCGUGCCGAGCUGGCUUCGGCGCCCGCAAAGGAUGGGGAGGACACCAGAGAGGCCGAUGAAAGGCGGCAGCGUAUGGAGGUCUUGAAAGAUCGACAAAAAGAGAUCGAGAGAGACCAGCGCUUGGAAUUGGCAGGCAAAAAGAACAAACGUGGCCGUGAGGAAGACCGUGAUGUAUCGGAGCGUAUCGCGCUCGGACAGGCUGCUCAGCCCACGAGCUCAGAAGCCAUGUUUGAUCAGCGUCUCUUCAACCAAUCGGCUGGCAUGGACAGUGGGUUCUCCGGGGGGAACGAUGAGAAAGUCGCCGUUUACGACAAGCCCCUCUUUGCGGACCGGAGUCAGGCUGGAAUUUACAAGUUCGACAAGGAGCGAAUGGAGCAGAACGAGGGUCGCCUGGCUCACAUCGGCGCGUCCGGGGGCAUGAAGACCAAAAGUUUUGCUGGCGCCGCUGAUGCAGAUGACCUUCCAAGCAGCUCACGGCGCAACGCACCCGUGGAGUUUGAGCGAGAGGAUGCAGAGCCCAGGGAACGUGCUCAGAGCAGUGCUCAAGGAAGCCGUGCUAGAAGUCGCAGUCCGCGAAGAAGUCGAGAUGAGGAUUUCCCUCUUGACGGCUUGCUGGAGGACACCACAAAGAAGAAAAGCAAGUGA